UCGGCAAACUCAUAUCUUUAAGUGCCAAUGAUGAAACCAGAGUAUUUGCUGUAGAUGGUUACAAGCCUCAAUGUGCAGAACAGAUCGAACCUGACAAAUGAUAUUAUCAGCUGGACACCGCAGAGAGGAAAACUUACUAAAAAUGACUCUUGUGGAUAAACUGAACAGUAUGAAGGUAGAUGAAGAACUAGAAGAUUCAGAUGAUGAGUUUAAUGACUCAGAGGAAGAUGGGAUUGAUUCUGCAUUGGAUUCAUCACCCAGUCCUGCGGCACAGGAAGAAUUGUAUGAAAAUCUGCCGAAUGCUAAGAAAACCUGUUUUACAACAUCAACGUUACAUGCUGGGACAGAUGAAUUGCGUGUCUUGCUACUGGGAGCAAGAGGGGCAGGAAAAAGCUCCACUGGAAACACCAUCCUCGGAUGCCACACCUUUAACACUGACAUGCAGUUGAGCAGAGUUACACAGGUCUGUGAAAGGGCUUUUGGGAUCGUCCACGACUGGCCUGUGGCCAUAAUCGACACUCCUGGUUUAAACAGAUUCGGGUGCACCGAGAGAGAAGUGACCAGAGAGAUCCUCAAGUCCUUCUCCCUCUAUGCUCCAGGACCACAUGUUUUUCUGAUGGUUAUGCCUAUAGGAAACUUAACUCAAGAUGAUCACAGCAUGCAUAAGUUGAUCGAAAACAUGUUUGGCAAGAGCAUCUGGAAGUACACCGUUAUUGUGUUCACACAUGGAGAUAGAUUGGGGAACAAAAUACCCAAUGAUGUCAUCGCAUGCUCCGACGAGGGGCUUCGCGAGUUCAUCCGUAAGUGCAGCGGUGGGUUCGUGUUUUUCAAUAACAAAGACCCAGACAACUACACGUAUGUGAGUGAACUUUUAACGAAAAUUGACACUCUGCUGGCCAUUAAUGGGAAAGGAUGCUACACUACGUCUUUUUACCCAUCUGCAGAGAGAAAGAUAAGGAAGAAAAUGGAGAGGAUUUUAGAAAAGAGAAAACAAGAGAUUGCAAAAAAGGAGAAAGAUCUGGGGAUGCUCUGCAAAAGCGAGCUGGAGUUAGAAAGAGAGAAGCAACAAAUGUGGCGAACUGAAGAAGAGGAAGCAAGAAAACGGGCUGAGAAAUCAUUCAAACAACGAAAGACCAUAACCAAACCUCACGCAUUCAGCCGAAAGACUUCCAGCUGAUUUUAUAAACCCAUUUACAUUUUCCCUCUGCCAUUUUUUAAAGCAAAUAUAAUUUCUGAAAUUGUCUGCCAAAUUGCAUGUACAUACAGGCUUAUAUACUAGACAUCGGGGCUAGUUGUCACAUAAGGUUGUGACAACAGUUAUAAAGUUAAAGCAGUGUUUCUUAGCCAAGGGGGCAGAGGCCCACUAUAUGUAGGAGGCCUCAACAAACUUCCAAAGAGGCCUUUGCAUGAUUUUUGAAAAACACUUUGGAAAAGGGAGUCAAGCCGAGUACCAAAACAUACAUUGUUGCGUGUGUUGCUUAUGUGUGCGGCGGUUCUUUCAAAAGAAGGUCCAGAUUCUAUUGGGGUAGGGCGUGUUUGUUUAGGUGAUUUCAAAUAUCAACAUUGGCUUUCAGAGAUCAUGCACCCUGCCUUUAAGAUGACUUAAAUGAUUAAAAAUAAGACAAAGCAAGCAUUUAAUAGGCAAAAACAUCUAAAAAUCAAGAUAUUUCUGCCAAGCUCUAUAUUUUAUUUGGUAGAAAUUGUAAGUAGGGUAGCUUUCAAAUAUUGUUGUGAACAAUAGAAGGGCGUUAAAGUGAAAAAGAUUGAGAAUGUUUUUUUUAUAUUGAGUAUUCAGUAGCUUCUGUUGUCAUUUUUGACCAGGAAGAUAGUUUAAUAUUCAUGAAUGCAGCUCAUGUCUUUUUUUUCAAAAUGCCUCUUGGGUCACCAAAGCUUUAUUUAUUUUUAUGAAAAAGGCAAAGCAGAUGGCACAUGAAUAACUGAGCAUCAGAUAACAACCAAAUCUUCUGGUUAGAUGAAAUCCUUGUAGAAGGAAGUGACACUAUCACACAAAGGUCAGCCGUCCAAUCUAAUCUAAUGUUGCUCCAUGUUUCAAAUAAUUGAAAUGGUUUGCAUACUAAAACUUAAUGAUGUGUAUGUACUGAUAAACAGUUUUCGGUAUCAUUAAUAUGUAUGACAUAUGGCACAGUAGCACAUAAAACAUUACUUAAUGUUGAUGUAACUUAACAUUUUAUUUGAAUUAAAGCUAUAGGUUUUCCUACAUGUUUAAAAGGAUAGUUCACCCAAAAAUGAAAAUUCUGUCAUCAUUUACUCAUCCUCAUGUUUGAAUUUCUUUUUUCUGAUGAACACAAAAGAAGAUAUUUUGCAUACAGUGUCCAUUAACUUAAAACAUAUUUUGGAAGUAUUGUGAUAAAUGAUGAAGGAAUUAUUUUAAUAAAUGAUGAAAAGCACACAGUUGACGGUACCCAUUAAAUUCCACUAUAUUUUUAUUCCUACUAUGGAAGUCAAUGGACACUAUAUGCUGUGUGUUUACCAUCAUUUCUCAAAAUAUAAUUUACUGUACAAUUACACUGAAAGUGACAGAAGUGUUACAACUUACCCCAUAGGCGGGGUUCAUUGUAACACUACAAUUUCUAGAACAUUCACAAAUAAUUCAAUACUAUUUUAUCUACUAGAAGUUUAUAUUGUUCUUAUAUUUUUCAAGAAUAUAUAUCCACACAUCCACCCAUCCAUGAUCCUUUAUCUAACCAUCCUUGUAUUAUACAUCAAUGCAUAUAGAUAGAUAUUUUUUGAAAGAAUUGCACACUAAAGACAAAAAUCUUUCUCUGAUAUUGUAUUACAGUAAUCAUUUUAAAUAAUGACAUUGUCUGCAUUUCAUUAUU